AUGGAGCGUGCUAAACCUUCCACUGUGACAGAGGAGCCAGAUUAUUACCGAAUCGGCGGAUUUCAUCCCAUCUCCCUAGGCGACACCUUCCAUCAUGGCAAAUACACCAUCCUGCGCAAACUGGGAUACGGGCAAUAUUCCACAGUUUGGCUAGCCAGAGAUGCCAGGCAUGAGAAAUAUGUAGCGCUCAAGGUGCUGAGGGCUGACUGUUAUGGCGGCCCGCAUGACAUCUUUGAGAGAGAGAUCCUCUCACGAGUUUCCGAAAUUUCUAACCAAAGUUCCCACCCGGGGUGCAACUACGUGUCUCAUCUUCUUGAGCAAUUCAAGCAUACAGGACCCAAUGGAGAGCAUGUUUGCCUUGUAUUUGAUGUGCUCGGACAUCACCUGGGCUUCCAAGCUGCAAGGUACGAAGAUGGGAAAUUACCUGUACAGGCUGUGAAAGGUAUCACACGGCAGCUUCUUCUGGGGCUCGACUUUCUUCACAGGGGGUGUGGUAUCAUUCAUACUGAUCUGAAGCCAACAAAUAUUCCUCUAGAGCUGGAUAAUUCAAACAGCACUGUGUCCCAGUAUUUGUCAGAAGUUCCCGUACGGGUUGACUCCCAAUGUGGUGCGCCUCUUCGAGAGGUUAUUCCCACACCGAUCAUCUCGGAAACACAAAAUUUCCAUAUCAGGAUAAUCGAUUUCGGCGUCCGUAAGGAGGCUAUUUCUGUCCCGUUGAUACAUGUGCAGCACAUUAAAACGUACUAUUAUGAUUAUAGCAUCGUAGAAGGAAAAGCAUCUAUCAGGUUUAAUCCAGUCACCUGCUCUGAGGGCUCCGGAGUGCUUUUCUCUGGGGAAGCGUCGUCAGGGGGUAUAUGGACAGCUGAAGACGACCAUCUCGCAAGAAUGAUUGAGAUCCUUGGUCAAUUCCCAUCCCACUUCAUAGCAAAAGGCCAUCGCGCAGCACACUUUUUCGAUAAGCAAGGAAACCUUCUCCGCAUUCCUAACAUGGAGGCCACCAGCCUUGAACGCUUGGUAAACGGCAAAACAAAGCCUUUCCUAAAACCCAUUGAUAUGCCCGAUGCCGAAGUCCCGGUUUUUAUUGAUUUUCUUAGAGGCAUGCUUGCAAUUGAUCCAGCAUGUCGAAAGUCCGCGGCUGAGCUGCUGGAACAUGACUGGAUUCGUCUGUAG